AUGGCCAAAAGACGAGGCCGAGGAGAUACUGUGGCAAAAAAAGCAGGCAAACUAAGCAACAAGGAGAGUAAAAAGAAAGAUCUGGACCAUGGAAAACUGAUUGUGACCACGGGAAUGAAGAGUUUUGAAGACGAACAAUCAGAAGAGGAAUCACAGAGAGGAGAAAUUGCAGCAGGACUUUCGCCAUCUCUGGUGGAAUCCAAAGCAUCGUGUAGUGAAUCCAAGCAAGACUCAGUUACACAAAAGAAGGGAAAAGAGAUAGUGGUGGAUGAUAACCAGACUAAUGAAGCACCAAACCAAGAUCAAAGUCCAAAGAGAAGGCCAGAAGGGAGUAAAGCUCAACAAAAUCUACGCAUGGUCCAACCUCAGCAAGAUAGAGACAAAGUAAGCACAACACCACCUAGAAUGAUCAAAGAGCCUAGCAAGGCGUUGAGAAGUGCAGUGACCUUACCACAACAGGGUGAAAAACAGAGUGAACCAGGUGAACCUCUGAACCCUGAUCCCCAUAUAAUAUGA